AGAGCUCUUCCUAGAAUGUGGGUAGCGCUGCGCCGAGCCCUCGGGCUCCUCCAGACGCUGUUUACGUAGCGUCUCGGCCGUGCGUAGCGUUAAGUGGGAGCAGGCAGGGUCUCCGCGGCCGCCGCCAUUUUGUGCUAGUCGCCGGGCAGGAAGGGAGACGCCUCAGCCGCGGCACCGCCCGGUUUGAGCGUGACCAGGCCUCCCCCCCAACCGUACUAACCACCCCGAUUCUCUGUGGUUUUGCUCCCGUCUCCGACGAGAGAGGCGGCGACGGUGGCGUCUGCGACGGGAGACAGCGCGUCGGAGCGAGAGAGCGCCGCGCCUGCCGCCGCCCCAACAGCGGAGGCGCCGCCGCCCUCGGUCGUCUCGAGACCGGAGCCGCAGGCCCUUCCUAGCUCGGUCAUCCGUGCCCCGCUCCCAGAUCUCUAUCCGUUUGGGACCAUGCGCGGAGGCGGCUUUGGGGACCGGGACCGGGACCGGGACCGUGGAGGGUUUGGAGCAAGAGGUGGUAGUGGCCUUCCCCCGAAGAAGUUUGGUAAUCCUGGGGAGCGUUUACGUAAGAAGAAGUGGGAUUUGAGUGAACUCCCCAAGUUUGAGAAGAAUUUCUAUGUGGAACACCCAGAAGUAGCCAGAUUGACUCCGUAUGAAGUUGAUGAGCUACGUCGAAAGAAAGAGAUUACUGUGAGAGGGGGAGAUGUUUGUCCAAAACCUGUCUUUGCCUUCCAUCAUGCUAACUUCCCACAAUAUGUAAUGGAUGUGCUGAUGGAUCAGCAUUUUACAGAACCAACUCCCAUUCAGUGCCAGGGAUUUCCUUUGGCUCUUAGUGGCCGUGAUAUGGUUGGCAUUGCACAGACUGGCUCUGGGAAGACAUUGGCGUAUUUGCUGCCUGCGAUUGUUCAUAUAAACCACCAGCCAUACUUGGAAAGAGGAGAUGGCCCAAUUUGUCUAGUGCUGGCUCCUACUAGAGAACUUGCUCAGCAGGUGCAGCAGGUGGCUGAUGAUUAUGGAAAGUGUUCUAGGUUGAAGAGUACAUGCAUUUAUGGAGGUGCUCCUAAAGGUCCUCAAAUUCGAGACUUGGAAAGAGGUGUUGAAAUCUGCAUAGCCACUCCCGGGCGCCUGAUAGAUUUCCUGGAAUCGGGAAAGACAAACCUUCGCCGAUGUACUUACCUUGUGUUGGAUGAGGCUGACCGAAUGCUUGAUAUGGGCUUCGAGCCGCAGAUCCGUAAAAUUGUUGACCAAAUCCGGCCUGACCGGCAGACACUGAUGUGGAGUGCAACUUGGCCAAAGGAAGUAAGGCAGCUUGCAGAGGACUUCCUGCGUGAUUACACCCAGAUCAAUGUGGGCAAUCUGGAGUUGAGUGCCAACCACAACAUCUUGCAGAUUGUGGAUGUCUGUAUGGAAAGUGAAAAAGAUCACAAAUUGAUCCAACUGAUGGAGGAAAUUAUGGCAGAAAAGGAAAAUAAGACUAUAAUAUUUGUGGAGACAAAGAGACGCUGUGAUGACCUCACUCGAAGGAUGCGCAGAGAUGGUUGGCCAGCUAUGUGUAUCCAUGGAGACAAGAGUCAACCAGAAAGAGAUUGGGUACUUAAUGAGUUUCGAUCUGGAAAGGCUCCUAUCCUCAUUGCCACAGACGUAGCCUCCCGUGGGCUAGAUGUGGAAGAUGUGAAGUUUGUGAUCAACUACGACUAUCCAAACAGCUCAGAGGAUUACGUUCACCGUAUUGGCCGAACGGCCCGGAGCACCAACAAGGGCACUGCCUAUACCUUCUUUACCCCGGGGAACCUAAAGCAGGCUAGAGAGCUGAUCAAAGUGUUGGAAGAGGCCAAUCAGGCUAUCAAUCCAAAAUUGAUGCAGCUGGUGGACCACAGAGGCGGUGGCGGCGGAGGGGGUAAGGGAGGUCGCUCUCGAUACCGGACUACUUCUUCAGCCAACAAUCCCAAUCUGAUGUAUCAGGAUGAGUGUGACCGGAGGCUUCGAGGGGUGAAGGACGGUGGCCGGAGAGAUUCUACAAGCUACCGGGAUCGCAGUGAAACCGAUAGAGCCAGCUAUGCCAACGGCAGCGGCUAUGGCAGCCCCAAUUCUGCCUUUGGGGCCCAAGCAGGCCAAUACACGUAUGCUCAAGGCACCUAUGGGGCAGCUGCUUACGGCACCAGUGGCUACACGGCCCAGGAGUAUGCUGCUGGCACCUACGGGGCCGGCGGUGCCGCCUCGAGCGGGAGGAGCUCCCAGAGCUCCAGCCAGCAGUUCAGUGGUCUGGGCCGAGCUGGGCAGCAGCCACAGCCACUGAUGUCCCAGCAGUUUGCACAGCCUCCAGGAGCUACCAAUAUGAUAGGCUACAUGGGGCAGACUGCUUACCAGUACCCUCCUCCCCCUCCCCCCCCUCCUCCCUCUCGUAAAUGAAGCUGCUUGGUGGAGUGCCUCCUGCAGAUUCAUUCCAUCUAAAGGAAUACUGUCUAUUCUUUUACCCUUCUAGCCCUUUGCGUUUUUAUUUUUCCUUUUUCCAACCAUUGUGGUUUAUCUUUUUUUAAUGCAUAUUAGUUAAAAUUCACUGCCAGGUUUCUUCUGCCCACCCAAAAGAUCCAGUCUGUAAUAACACAUUUUGUAAGGGAAAAAAAAUACAUACAUAUAUAUAUAUAUAUAACUACAUAUAUAUAUAUAUAAAACUGACUGGAAAAGAUUAAUUUCUUCCCCCGAAUUAAUGCAUGUUGAGGAUAUUGAGCUAUUUUUCAUCUUAAAGGUAUUAGGCAUUUUUGUUGGAGCCUGUUGAUAGGGAAGGAGGGGAGGGAAGGAUGAAUGGUCCCGCAGAAGAUGGUGGCAUCUGCUUCAGACUGUUCUCCUUCCUGGGAGAAGCCAAGAGCGACUUCCAUGCGCAUUGUCCAUGGUGGGUUUUAAGUACUGAAGUUAGAUUACUCAGGCCUGAUGGAUUUUAAGACAACCAGUCAUUUUGGCUGAUGGCUUAUGACAUGCAUUUGACAGUUAAAAAAAUUCCUAAUUGGUUUUGACUCUCCUGCAGUUAUUAAAUAUUAACCAGGUUAGUGUUGAGUUAGAAAUUAAAUUUCUUGAGUUCAAGCAAUCUUUUUUUUUUUUUUUUUUUUUUUUUUAAGUUUAAAAAGUACAAGACAUUGUUUUUGCUGAGUAGACUGGCAUCUGGGUAGAGGCUGCCUGCGCGCCCCCCCCCCCCCCCCAUAUAACCAGGGAACAUCUGCAAGUCAGUUUCUAGCCAGAUAGCCAUCAUGAGCCGUAAGCAUCAGAAGCUUAGCAGAAGCUUCCUGAGCGGCUGAGUCUACAGUGUAGAGAGCGCCUUUAGAAAUGAUGGAAUCCAAACGGGCAGAUCUUCCUCUUAAACUCAGUAUUUUAAAAGUAAGAAUGACUCAUGGGCUGCUCUGCACGUGGAGAGCUAGUCUCCACAGCCUGUUCUGUGGUACUUUGUAGCAGCUGGAGGCACUCAUCCUCGGCGUCCCUUUGCACUCAGCUUUUCCAAGGUAGGUAGUGCUUUAGGAGGCACUCUGGAGGACUAGAGCCCACCCCACCUUACUCUCCGCAGUGUGAAGGUGGGUGCGUUUGUCUCCUCGUCCAUUUGUUCAAUGUGUUCUUACUGAAACUCCCAAGAGCAACAGAUGCAUCUGAAAGAAUAUUCUGCUCUUGUGUCACCUAAGAGGACAGGACGACAGUAGAUGGCCCCAGUGCCUGUGGUAGAUCAGUGGUGGGUGGGCGGUUCAUUCACAGUACAGUUAAAGGGAGGAGGCCCCAUUGCAUUCCUUGGCUGUGCCCUCAAGAGUGCCCUGCUGCUUUCUAACAGUCUUAACAACACUCUUGAGGUUUCCUUCAGGAAGAGGAAAGGGGUGGUUUUGAGGGCUCUGAAAGUAGGAUUCAGUGUGCGACAUAACAGGUAGGUUGUCAGCAUAUGUUGGCUAUACGCAUAUGAACGCUUGGCAUCCUUUUGUUUUCCUUACUAUUUACAGAAUGUUAAGCUAAGGGAGAAUGGUGGGCACAGAUGUGUAUCAACCCUCCUCUGUGCUUUGGAACCAAAGUGUGUGUCUGUCUCUCACCCUGCUAAAAGGAAGCAGUGUCUAACCAAGGACACUGACCAGCCUGUUACAGAUAACUCUUUCUACAACCAAAUUCAGAUGUAUUUAUUAAGCAUUAUACCAUGGGCUAUCCUGUGGUACUGUAGCUCUUCAAAACGCCUCUUCUGUUAACACCUCUGGGGAUGAAGCAGUAGCACAUCUCCCCAUCAGAAGCAUACUCCAGAUGAAAUUAACACCUGGUUUCUAUUUCAUGAGCUCUUUUGGCCUGGGUACAGCAGAAAACUAGCAGUUUUCCUAUUUAGUGCAAAUGACUUCUGCCUCCUUGUCUGUCCUUUUGAGUUCUCAGGACAGGCGUAGGCAAACCCUUUGAGCUGGGCUUAUUGCCCUGGUGAUUAACUCACUUAGGGAAAGGGCUUCGGUAUUGGGCUGCUUCCCCUACCCCUCCCAAACAAUUCAUGUGCAGACUUCUCAUCUAAAAGGUUGGUGGCUUUGCUUGGGAUCAGUGCUCUGCUAAUGCCUUUGCUGAUCUCUCAACACAUUCCUGUCAUUGAGACUUGAGUUGUAGGUGUGAUGUUAAGGCACAGGAUGCUAAGAGCUGUUACUACUAUUCUUAGUUUGUAAAUUGUCCUUUUGAUACCAUCUUGUUUUCUUUUGUAGGUAUAAAUAAAAACAAUUGACAAUAAA